CACCCGGGAUUCGACAUGUUGGCGCUCGUUUUAUUCCUCGGAGUUUUAUUCACGCGAAUUCAAGCCGAAUACACUAAUUUGGCAGAUGUUCCGUGCGGUAGGAGUGAGAGGACACGAGAAGCGAGGAUUGUCGGAGGUCAAGAUGCGGCGCCACGUGAAUUUCCAUGGCUCGUUUCCAUAACAAGAAAAGGUGGACACUUUUGCGGCGGCGCUAUUUUGAACGACAAAUUCGUAUUGACUGCUGGACACUGUUUAUGUGCCGGCACGAACAAAAUUCCAAUAGGACAAUUACGUGUCACUUUGGGCGAACACAAUUUAAGGGCUCCAGAAGUGCCGGCCGCAAGACAUGAAAGCGUCAUAAACGCGGUGUUGCAUCCUGGUCACAGGUGCGGCAAGUAUGUGGACGAUAUUGCACUGCUGGAAGUCGCUAGACCGAUCAGUUGGUCGGAAAGCGUGAAACCCGCAUGUUUACCUGUGGCCACAGGAAAACCAGGGUAUAGUGCCUUCGGCGGUAUGGAAGCUGUAGUAGCCGGAUGGGGAUGGCUCGGAGAAGAUACAAGUAAUUCCAAGAGAGCAACCGUGCUGCAGAAAGUGGAGGUUCGCGUGGUGACGAACACUGUGUGUGGAGAAUGGUACGCGAGUCAGGGCAAGUCGAUCAGCGUUGGUACGAAGCAAAUGUGCGCCGGCUGGGAGGAAGGCGGGAUGGAUUCCUGCUAUGCUGACAGCGGCGGGCCCCUGAUGGUCGGAAGUCACCCUACCGGCCCGUUGAUGGUCAUCGGAGUGGUUUCGACUGGUAUUGGUUGUGGCAGAUCACGACUUCCUGGCAUUUACGUAAGAGUUUCCGAUUAUGUCUCUUGGAUCACGCAAGAAAUGCAGUCUGGCCGAUAA